AAUUCUGACCUGAAUAUCAUAUUUCUGUCAAAGAGCACUUGCUACAAUGAUAAUAUAACUUACAAGUGCAUUUAAAUCAUUUUAAUUCCUGCCGCUGUGACUCGUGGACACGCCCUUUUCUGCGUUGUUUCUAUGCAACAGUGACAACAAACAAGAUGGCGGCGCAUAGGCACAACUCAGAGGCAAUGGCGUCAGACGUGCACAAGAAGAUUAAAGCAGCUUUUAAAGCUUUUGACUACGAAGCUAACAACACUGUGGAUGUUAGAGAGAUUGGUACCAUAGUCUUUUCUCUGGGCUGCUUCCCCAGUCAAGCUGAUCUCCAUGAUUUUAUAGCACAGGUAGAAGAGGAUCACACUGGGUUCAUCCAUCUGGAGAAAUUUCUUCCUGUCAUGACAAACGUUUUAUUGGAGAAAAGGUUCCCUCCAAUCCCUGAGGACAAACUUCUUCAAGCUUUUGAGGUUUUGGACAAAGAGAAGAAAGGCUAUUUGGAACAAGAAGAGCUGACUAAAUAUAUGAUGCAGGAAGGUAAAGCUUGUUCAAUUGGGUUUGGGUUUUUUUAA